GUUGGAUUCUGGAGUUGAGACCGGAACCGUGUCACCCGGCCGUGGGACCCUGCUCCGUCCGGCUCCCGGCCCGCUGCCCCUCCGUCCGGAUCCCGUCUGUCCCCGCUCCGUCUCUCUGGUCGUUCGGGCCACAGUUCCGAGCGCUCCGGCCAUGAGCUCCGCGCCGUGGGUCGGUCCCUGGAGACCCCACCGACCCCGAGGCCCGAUCGCAGCCUAUUACAGCAGCCCUGGGCCCAAGUACGGACUGCCCGGAUCCACGGGUUAUGAGCAGCACGAUGCCACCAAGUUCCGGUCGCCAGCGUACAGUUUUGGGGUGCCUCAUGCCCGUCUGACGGUGGACAGCUCCCCGGGACCAGCGUACCUCAUCCCCUCCCAGCUCACCCGCAGGGGGAGGGAUGGCACCCCUGCCUAUUCCCUCUACAGCCGUCCAAAGGAGAUCAGCUUGUUCCAGACCCCAGGACCAGGUACCUACGCCCCCGAGAGCUCGGGAAGGUCAGCGUUCACCGCCGCCCCUGCCUUCUCCAUCGCUGGAAGGACCAAAGGCUUCAGGACUGACCAUUCGCCAGGCCCUGCAGCCUACCUCCUGCCUUCUGUUCUGGGUCCAAAUAUUGUCAGCAAAACCUCUUCCGCCAAUUUCUCCCUCAGCGGUCGAAGUAAAACUGGCAGUUUCCAUGAAGACUUCCAGAAGACUCCAGGGCCAGGAGCAUACAGAGUCACUGACACCAACAUCUACAAGCUGAAACCUCCUCAGUUCAGUAUGAUAGGUCGGAACCAGCUGCCUGGUGAUUCAACAAGAAAACCUGGGCCUGGGAGUCACAGUCCAGAAAAGGUUGUAGUUAAUCGCAACGUGGCUCCUGCUUUCUCCUUUGGCAUCAAGCAUUCCGAGUAUGUGGCACCAAUAAUCGUUGAUGCUGUGUAACGUCACAAGCUUAUUAUUGUAGGAAACAUUUCCUUCUAGUCUUGGCUCUUUCCCUUGGAAACAAUCUGAAUCAGUUUAGGAAACCACUGUAUGUUUCACCUGUGCGGAGCCUGGCAGGUGAUAAAGAAACCAAUCAGAUGUUAGUAUCACAGCA